AUGCGUCUUUCCAACCAUUUGAUUCUCUUCUCUACUCACCUUGCCCUAAGCGUCGCAGCCGGGUGCGGCGAUGCGGAUGCCUGCGUUGGAACUGAGAUCUGCACCACCGCUACUUUCACAACUCCAACUGCAACUACCAUCACGACCUGUCGGAUUGUGAGUCCGGCGGUUCGGGCCAAAUCUGCUGCUCCACAUACUGUGCGGCCACUAAAUGUCGCUCGACUGACCCAGACUGGCCGAAUUGCAAGGAGGAUAAUGGCCCAUGUCUGGCAGAUGAGAACUGCUGCUACGGAAACAAGUGUGUGGAUGGACUUUGUACUCGACCUUGAGUCCAGGUUGAGUAGAGGACUUGUAGUGAGUUUACUUUUGGUCCUUGCUGGGGUUCGUAAGGGGUUUGAUAUUAAACUGCGUGCUGAAGUAUUGGGCUACCAAAGAACAUUGAAGGUACCGUAA